AUGAAGAUUACGACAAUCUGUCUUGCCUUGGUCGGGCUCACCAGCGUCAACGCAGCACUAGUUGGCCGACAAAUUAAACCUGUGCCACCGUCGGAUGGACCAGGGACCCAGAUGCUCGACGCAGCGCGUCGCGGCAUAGAACGAUGGGGGCUGAACGGCGACUUGCAGCCUCCCACCAGUCCUAAACCCCCUCUGCGAGAGAUGCCCUUUGGUCUAGGUGUUCCUAAGCCCGGUUCCAAGUAUGACCCAGACAAGAAGACCGGAGUGACACGAGUGCCGGGCGAGCCGCUUGGACCGGCGAAGAAGUGCAGGCCAUGCAAGAGGAAGAGGCAACUAGACUGUUGUCCCAGCCUGGGCAAGCCUACAAAACCGUCCAAGCCGUCCAAGCCGUCCAAGCCGUCCAAACCGUCCGCGAGCAAACCUUCGUUUCCCAGGGGCAAAACACUCCGGGUGACCCGUGCGUCUGCGAAGGUGGCUGCUAUUAGUGUAUUGGCGCCGUAUGCGCGCGAUGUUUAUGAAGACAUCAAGACGUGGCCGGUACUCGGAUAUCUUCUACAAGGGUUCGACGAUGCGGUGGAAUCCCUUCAGGUCGCUAUUGGAGGUCCGGGGCGGGACGACAUUGACGGAAAUGACCUAAAAGCUAGCUUUAUUUGCUGGUUAAAAGGAGGAGAGGCCGAAGAGACUAUUGCUGGAAGGCCGAACAAUAUAUGCACCCCCUGGGAUAAGAGAUUCGAUAAGGAUUUUGAGGAAUUGCUGAAGAAAGGCGAGCUUGAUAAGGACGUGAAGUUGUGUCAAGGGUACGAGACGCAUCACAAUCCUUACAAGUCGGUUGAGGACUGGUUCAAAGACAGGUGCAAGGCGCUGUUUGCUUCCAGCGCAUAUUCGAAGUGGACGUUGGAGAAAUGGAGCAAUGGACUUAACAAGGCACUGGAGUUUUGUUAUAGUGUUCACGACAAGGAGCCGGCCGAGGACGAUUUACGGCACAAGAUAGAAAAGGACUGCACCGCGUUCCAAGCCAAGGUCGACGAGAUUGAGGGCCAGGCGGCGAAAAAAACCGUCAAGAAACCGGCCGUGGGCGUGGGGCUCCCAACUCUCAAGAAUAAUGGCUGCACUUGCAAUGCCAGCAAGCUGCAGCCGUUCGACACCCGCUGCGGGAGGUACUGUCGGCUCGUGUACAAGCUCGGCUACGGUGUCCUUGUCUGA